AACGGCAAUGCCACAGCAAAAGCGUGUCCGGUUUAAGGAGGAUGAGCAGCAGGUGAAGAACCUGCACCACCUCGAAAGUGGUGCGGUGUACGGUGCCCUGCUGGUUGUGGUCGGAUGUGGGCUACUGACGAGCUAUCUAGCCACCCGGCUGCCCCCAGCACUGACGGUGGGAGAUUUGGAGCGCGCCCCGAACGCUUUCAUAGCGGAGCGAGCAUGGGCCAGCCUAAAGACGCUCAACGACCUUGGACCUAAACCAGCGGGAAGCCAGGCGAACGAAGUGUUGGCGUACGAAUUUCUACUCCAAGAGGUACAGCGCAUCAACGCGUCGAAGCACGACAGCCAACAGCUGGAAGUGGACAGCCAGACAGUGACGGGAGCGUUUAGCAUCUCGCUGCUGAACCAAUCGAUGACCAGCGUGUACCGGAACGUGCAGAACCUGGUGGUACGGCUGGCCGGAAGCGAUGUGCACCAGCAUGCUUUGCUGCUGAACUGUCACUUCGACACGGUGGCAAGCAGCCCGGGCGCUAGCGACGAUGGUGCCAGCUGUGCCGUGAUGCUGGAAAUUCUGCGCGUCCUGUCCCGUCGACCGGUGCGUACGCGCCACACGGUAACGUUUUUGUUCAACGGUGCGGAAGAGACGAUGCUGCAGGCGGCACACGGCUUCAUCACGCAGCAUCCGUGGGCGGCUGACGUGCGCGCCUUUCUCAACCUGGAGUCAUCCGGAUCCGGUGGCAAGGAGGUACUGUUCCAGGCUGGGCCCCACCAUCCCUGGCUCAUUGAGGCGUACGCGCGUGCCAUCCGCCAUCCGUUCGCACACACCGUCGGGGAGGAGAUUUUCCAGCUAGGCCUCAUUCCCUCCGAUACGGACUUUCGAAUGUUUCGCGAUUACGGCGAGGUGCCCGGGAUGGACUUUGCCCACAUCGCGAACGGGUACCGGUACCACAAGCGCUACGACUCGAUGGAUUUUCUCUCGCUCGAUGUGCUGCAGCGCACCGGCGACAAUGUGCUCGCCCUGACGCGCGAUCUGGCCGAGAGCGAUGAGCUGGCCGCGUCCGACCUACCGGUCGGGGAGACCGUGUUCUUCGACUUUAUCGGACUCGCGUUUGUGCAUUACUCUGCCUCCAGUGGCCGUUUGAUUAAUCUGGCAGUGGUGGUACUUUCCCUUAUCGUGCCUUUGAUGUGCUUUGCCCGUGCGCGUUUCGAUGACGUUCUGCGGGAAGUUAUCGUCGGACUGGUGGGCACCGUGUUUGGGACCGUUUUCAGUAUCAUCGCUUGUACCACCAUUGCGCGCCAGUUGGACUUUUUCGGAAAAAGCAUGACCUGGUACACGAACACCCAUCUGAUCUUGGGACUAUACUGCUGCCCGGCACUACUGUCGCAUUGUUUCGUGUACCUGUUUCUGACUACUUUCUACACCAACAGUAAGAGCAAUCUGUCGCUCGGUCAAAUGACCCAGGCCCGGCUGGUUGGUGUGAAUGUGUUCUGGAGUGCGGUAACGCUUGCCGCUACCGUGGCCGGCUACCGAAGCGGCUACAUUCCUAUGGUGCUACUCGUCUGCUCCCUUGCGUCCUCCACGCUUAACCUGCUCUUCAACGCAACUCGAACGCAUCGAGCUUGGAUGUACAUUCACCUAGCCGGCCAGCUGCCCGCACUGCUCUGGGCCACUAACUUCUACAACGUGCUCAUUGCACUGUUCGUACCGAUCACGGGCCGAUUUGGAGGGUCGCGCAAUCCGGAAGUGUUUAUCGCGCUGCUAGCCGCUGGCGGUACGCUUCUCUGCUGCAGCUAUUUAAUUCCAUUCAUUGCUCAGCUGCGCAAAAUGAUGAAUUUCACCGCCAAACUGUCAGCCAUUACCGUGCUAACGCUUGUGCUGGCAUGCUUAAGCCCCCUCGGAAUGCCGUAUCGGGAUGAGAGUAUGGCCACGGAACCGACCCCCCAGCGACACUACGUAACGCACACUUUUCGAGUGUUUCACGAUGAGUUCGGCCUGUACAAGAGCACCGACGCGGGAUUCUUUUUCCAGGAGAUGGAUAGAAACACGCGUGCCACGAUCGAAGAGUUCGUGGCACCGGGCGAAAGCCUCACUCCGAUGCGUCAGAUGGACUCGUGCCGGGCGGAGCUGUUCUGCGCGCUUCCCUUCUACUCUCUCUGGCAUCAGAUGCGUUUCAACAAUUACUGGCUGCCCGGACCCGAACCGCUCUACGAUAACAUGGUCACAAUGGCUUAUCUCGGCACCGAGCAGCUCGAUUCGCACACUCAGCGCUUGGUGUUCGCGAUGGAAGGAAGUAUACAGUCGUCGAUCGUGGUAGGGCCGAAGGAGGGCGUACAGUUGGUCGGAUGGUCGCUGCUGGACCAUGUGCCCCGGCCCGCCAAGUUCGGCGGUCGGGAGGGCCAUUUUGUGUUCAUCACACACGGCCUGCCGGGCAAGGCGUGGAACGUAACGCUCGAUUUGCGGUACGACCAACCGAAGCCUACCGGCGAGCUGGUGGACAUUGUGGUUACGACCAAGUUCUGGGAGUACCAUCACAUGCAUACGCCCGAGUUCGAGCAGCUGCUAGCAAAAUUCCCUUCGUGGUCGCACGUCGUCCCAUCGGUGGCACUGGUGAGUGUGUUUCCGCUCUGAUACCCGCUCCUGUGGCUCUGCAACUCACCGUCCCAUUGGGGACGGGGAUGGAACGGUUACGCUGUCCGUUCGAUUAUGUAAAUUUUAAUAAACCGAUCGAUAAAUAACGUUUGA